AUGAAAGUCAUUCGCAAUCUCCGGCAGUAUGGACGCAAGGGUCGUGGAACUAUGGAGAGGAAAAUUGAUUCCCUGGUCGGAAAUUGGAAAGAGGAUCGUCUGCGGUACGCUCCUGAUGUUGAUUAUCAUGAGCGUCAAUUCCAGAAUGCGAAAACGGCCAAGGACAAGAACGAACAGGCGAAGAAGAAGCAAAGUGCGGCAAACAGGCGGAAGAGCUUCUUCCAGAAAAAUCCCUGGAAGUAUAUCGGUUUCGCGAAGAAUUCCGAAGAGCGUAAUGAGAAGCAGCACAACAAACAUGUCAACUCUUCACCGUUGGUGAUGCUUGUCGAGGCCACGGCGAUGUACACACUCAACGUGGCCGCCAAGAGCUAUCUAGGUCCGUAUCGGAUGGAGUGGUCGGUGGUUGCGUACAUCAGCGGCCCAGAUGAAGCCACGCCAUCGGAAAUCAUCAUGGCAGUCAUCAGUGAAGGCUACUGGUUUACCGGUGCUGGAUUGGCAAUCGAGGACUCCGGCAAGAGUAAUGAUGUGACCGACUUGGAUAAGAAAUGGAGUCGAUUCAGCACUUGGACAGGGAGUAACACGAAGUACUACGAAAGGAUGAAGGAGCAGAAUGACCUGAUAGAGACUAAGCGCAACCUGCGUUUUGUCAUCAAGACUCAUGAAGCAGCAGCUGAGGCACGGGCUCGGGGUGGCCAAGAGGGAGUUGAGCGUGAGAUUAAACGCCAGCUGCUCGCCCGCGCCAUUAUCGGACACCAGACGAUAUCGGAGGGAGGCAAGGAAGCACCCUUGAAAGCUGGGCAGGUACGAACCAGCAGUUCCGACGACACCUCGAAGUCCUCCAUGGACGGAAAGAAAUCGACGAAUGAAGGCUCGCCGCCGCCUGCAUCGGACAUGAUGGACAUCAACGAAGAAGAGAGCCCUCCUCCGUCUUCAGAAGAUACGACGAGCGACAACGAAGCAUGCUCCCCUUCACCUUGGGAAGACGUGACGAGCGAUGAGGAAAAUGGCUCACCUCCACCUUCAGAAGAUGUGACGAGUCUCAACGAAAAAGAUGGCUUACCUUACUUCCCAAAGGCAGGAGAGUCAGAGUCAAAGGCAGCGCAGCGCCUGGUCAAUGAAGCGUACCUGAACGCGUUCGAACUAUGCAGGCCAUCGCAUUAUUUCAUGCUCACUGAUCCUAUCUCUGAGGCAACGAUGCAAAUAUUCAAAGAGAAGAACGAUGAUGCGAUCGAACGACUUUGGGCCAUCGGAUCCAACGACUUGGAGAUUGCCACGGUCAAAGUGUACUUCUGCAAGCUUGGAUCAUACUUCCGUUAUCUCAUUUACGGACCCUCCGUCUCCACUCAGGAUAUCCGUACCUUCUAUGACUACUUGGAACGUGCUUUGCAAAAGGCUGAACGCAAGCACAAGCGCCGACCUAACGAGAAGCGUGGAGAGGGUAUUGGAAGCAAAGCGAAGGGAGUUAUGAGGUUCCUGAGGGCAGCACUGGUGAUUGCAGAUAGCAAGGCUUAUAAGGCGUGA